UCCUGUUUGGAGCAGUUCAGGAAGACGAAGUAAUGGCGACGCUACUGGGGCCCGAGUCCCCUUGGAUGGGAGGCAAGAAACGGACUCGAAACAGAAAUAUUCUCUGCAGAAUACAGCAGAGUCAGAUCGCGGGCCGGGGCUUCAGCAGAGGGACUCAGCUCCCAGAAACUCUUCUUCAGGAGAGAGAUAAGAGGGCUAAAUGGCACGGGAUUCCAGUCUUGGUCCAAGAGCUGUACGAGAGCAGCCACCUGAACAGUGACUUCACCCGCACACACACUGUCCUGAAGGAACUGUCAUCUCUGCUGUCUAUGGAGGCCAUGUCCUUUGUGACAGAGGACAGAAAGACGGCACAGGAGUCUACCUUUCCCAACACAUACACUUUUGACCUGUUUGGAGGUGUAGAUCUGCUGGUGGAGCUGCUGAUGAGACCCACUUUGACUACGCUACAAAAACCCAAGAUGAACGAUGACUUGGUGAAGGACUGCCUCAGUGUGCUGUACAAUUGCUGCAUAUGUACGGAAGGAGUUACAAAAAGCUUGGCGUCGAGGGAUGACUUUGUGUUAUUUCUCUUCACGCUGAUGACAAAUAAGAAGACCUUUUUGCAAACCGCUACGUUAAUUGAGGAUAUUCUUGGAGUCAAAAAGGAAAUGAUUCAGCUGGAGUGGAUCCCAAACCUGUCAGGACUGGUUCAGAGCUUUGAUCAGCAGCAGCUCGCCAACUUUUGUCGUAUCCUCUCUGUGACCAUCUCUGAGCCAGAUGUGGGGAACGAUGACAAACACACACUCCUGGCUAAAAAUGCACAGCAGAAACGCAAUACCAGCCCCUCACGUGCCGAGGUCAAUCAGGUCACACUCCUGAACAUCCCUGGCUUUAUUGAGCGUCUCUGUAAGUUGGCCACACGGAAGGUGUCUGAGGCGACGGGAACGUCAAACUUUCUGCAGGAACUGGAGGAAUGGUACACUUGGCUCGACAACACUCUAGUGCUGGACGCUCUCAUGCAGAUAGCCACAGAUGAAGCCGAGCACAGUAGCACAGAAUCGUCUGAUGAGAGCACACUGGCCACCAUCCCAAUGAGGCACCGUUUGCCGCAGUCUAUGAAGAUCGUUCAUGAGAUCAUGUAUAAGGUGGAAGUGCUUUACGUUCUAUGUGUACUUCUCAUGGGCCGACAGCGGAACCAGGUACAUAAAAUGUUAGCGGAGUUUCGUUUGAUUCCUGGACUCAAUAACCUUUUUGACAAGCUCAUCUGGAGGAAAUACACCACCUCUAAUCACGUGGUUCAUGGACAGAAUGAAAACUGUGAUUGCAGCCCGGAAAUCUCAUUUAAAAUCCAGUUCUUGAGGCUUCUGCAGAGCUUUAGUGACCACCAUGAGAAUAAGUACCUACUUUUAAACGCUCAGGAGCUGAAUGAGUUGAGUGCCAUCUCCCUAAAGGCAAACAUCCCUGAGGUGGAGGCUCUAGUAAACACCGACAGGAGUUUAGUGUGUGAUGGUAAAAAAGGGCUUCUUACACGGCUCCUCACUGUAAUGAAAAGAGAACCGCCAGACUCUUCCUUUAGGUUCUGGCAGGCCAGAGCUGUUGAGAGCUUCCUCAGAGGGGCCACCUCAUAUGCAGACCAGAUGUUUCUGCUGAAGAGAGGCUUGCUGGAGCACAUCCUCUUCUGCAUCAUCGAUAGCGGCUGCAAGUCCAGAGAUGUCCUGCAAAGCUACUUUGAUUUGCUCGGGGAGCUUAUGAAGUUCAACAUCGAUGCCUUCAAGAGAUUCAACAAAUAUGUCAACACCGAAGAAAAGUUCCAGGUGUUCCUCACUCAGAUCAACAGCUCUCUGGUGGACUCCAACAUGCUUGUGCGAUGUAUCGUCCUCUCUCUAGAUCGCUUUGAGAGCCAGACAGAAGAUGUGAAAGUGGUUGAAGUGCUCUCUGAGUGCUGUCUGCUGUCCUACAUGGCUCGAGUGGAGAACAGACUGUCCUUCCUUUUUAGGCUGGUUAACAUCAUCAACGUGCAAACCCUCACACAGGAGAAUGUGAGUUGUCUUAACACCAGCCUGGUGAUUCUGAUGUUGGCCCGAAGGAGAGGCAAGCUCCGGUUUUACCUGAACGCCCUGCGGGAGAAGGAAUACGCAGAGAAAUAUCCCGGCUGCCUUCUCAACAACUUCUACAACUUGCUGCGCUUUUGGCAGCACCACUACCUCAACAAGGACAAGGACAGCACCUGCCUGGAGAAUAGCUCCUGUAUUCCCUUCAGUUUCUGGAAGGAGACUGUUUCAGUACUGCUUGGUGAGGACAGGACUUCUCCCUGUGCCAUUAUCAGCUACAUAGAUGAGCCUUACAUGGAGCUAGACCGGGACCUUCUAGAGGACUGACUCUUGCGGGUGGGCUUGGGGAGGGACUUGCACAUCCCGCUUCGAUGCGGUCCAGAGAGCGUAUAGAACAGCCUCCCGGCUCAUCCGACUGCAUGCUACGGCUCAGUGAGCUGUCCAUUCUCUACUUGGUGCCCAUGUUCCACUUCUUCAUCUCCAGGUCACGGGUGCGACGAAGGACAUCCCGCAAAGGAUUGCCCAUCCCAUCACUCAUUGAGAGGGAACACCGUACCCAGACCGCUCAAUCCAGAGCCGAACCUCUGACCUGAAACUGUCUUGUUGUGUUUCGGUGGCGAUCUUUUGGGGAAAUCGUUUGGGGCCUUUUUAUAGAGAAAUAUACAAAUACGAAAAUAUUUAGGCUAAAUGGAUUAGAAAGAUGCAUCCGGGGGUGACUGAUGAUCUGGUGGUCUAUGGACGGCACAGUUGGCCUUUUAAAGAGAUUUUCUCAGUAAUUUAAAUUUAGAAAGGCAUAACAGAAAGUGUUGGAUUGAUGAACGGAGGCUUCGAUGACAUCCUCACCAAGCUGUCAGGUGGUUAGCGACUCUCACGCUUAACUGAUGUCAAAAUCUUUGUACAGUUCAGAUCACAGAGAACUGAAAAUGAAUUUGGUCAAGUCUUAUUUAUUUUCUCAUAUUUCUCGUAAUUUACUAAAUCAUAAAUCUGUUUUCUUUUCAUAUUCAUUGCAUCCCUCCUUUGUUAGGUUUUAUCAAGCGCAUAUGAAACGAGAGAUCUUGAGUUCGUGUAUUUUACAUAUUUUUUUGUAUUCGUUUUUUUUAAAAAAUAGUAUUGUCCCUUUUGUUUUAUUUCUCACAAUGAAACACUUCAUAUCUUGCGGGCACCGAAGGUGUUAAACUAUGCAGGUUCACUCAUGCCAUGGUCAUAAAUAUCCAGCUAGCCCUGACCUCCAUGCUGCCAUCUGCCAUUUAUUCCGUAGCAAACCACUAAAUCACCAUCUUCUAACUUUACAGGCCUCAGCUGUUGACAAUCUGUGUUGCACUCAAACACGAGGCUCCGGCGUUUGACGGCCCGGGAACCUGCGAAGGUGCUUCUCUGCUGCGGUCGCUUAGAGCUGGAUGUGGUAGCUGAGCUAGACUAGAAGCGCUAAACUAGAACCUUCCAAUCAACUACCUCGUUUCAUUGGUGUUGUUUUCUAACCCACUCCUAUAGGUUGAGCAUGCUGCGGCUUUUAUUCUGUUGCACCUGAGUUCACUGUGUAUGCAAAAGUUCCUCUAUAAAUGACGUGAUGUGUUUCACGAGAGUUGCUUCGCUUUUACCUGUGGAUGUUUGCAAGUUCUUUCAUGUUCGUUCUUUAUAUCGGUUGCUUAUACGGUGUCACAGUGCUUUGCGUUGGCAAGACUAUUUCAUACGAUUCAUAUAAAGAGGUAUAAUGAAUGCUGCAGUUUUUUGGUCACUUCCUUUUGACCCCAGGAAUGUGUAUAGCUGUGAUGUUAGCAGUAGUUUGAAUGUGUGCUUUUUCUGAUUUUGAGUGAUUGCUACAUCAACACAAAGGAUCUGAAUGUCUCUUCUUCAUCCACCGGCCUUGGUUCAUGUGUCGCAUGGGUUGGGUUUGGUUUUAAAUACCUGCAUUUUCUUAAGUAGCUCUGUCUGGAUGGAUUUAGUCAUAAGUGAUAACCAUGUCAAGCCCAGUAAACUUGAUGCUUUAAAUAAAACUGAAUUCAAUA